AUGCCGACGAAAUACUUGAUCGCCGCCCUCCCCGUACAAUCCGCCGGCGGGGACGCCGCCGCCGCCGAAAACUCCCUCUGGCGCAGCCUCGAGGACUCCCUCUCCCAGCACGCCAUCGACACCCCCCUCUACCGCUUCACGGUCCCCGCCCUCAAAGGCGGCACGCUCGACUCCCUCCUCGCCCUCAGCGACGACCUCAUCAGGUCGAACCUGUUCAUCGAGGGGGCCUCGCAUAGGAUCAGGAGGCAGAUCGAGGACCUGGAGCGCGCCGGAGGCGCCGGCGAGGGCGGAUCCCUGAUCACCGUCGACGGCGUCCCGGUCGACUCCUACCUCUCCAGGUUUGUGUGGGAUGAGCGGAAGUACCCAACAAAGUCGCCACUCAAGGACAUCAUCGCCAGCAUCCUGUCGCGGAUCACCAAGAUUGAGGAUGAGAUCAAGGUUCAAGCAGCAAAGUAUAAUUCUUGUAAGAACCACCUUAGAACAGUCUACAGAAAGCAAAGUGUAAGUUUAGUCGUGCGUGAUCUGUCGAACCUGGUAAAACCAGAGGAUAUAAUCACUUCGGAACAUCUAGCAACACUUCUUGCUAUUGUUCCAAAAUGCUCCCAGAAGGACUGGUUGUCAUGCUAUGAGUCACUUGACACCUUUGUGGUACCGAGAUCAUCUAAAAGGCUUUAUGAGGAUGAUGAAUAUGCACUCUACACCGUCACAUUAUUUGCGAAGGUUGUUGGCAACUUUAAAGCACAUGCUCAAGAGAAAGGUUUUCUGAUCCGUGAUUUUGUGUAUAGUCCUGAAGCACAGGAAAGUAAGGACGACCUGGAAAAGCUGCUGCAAGAUGAAGAAGCUAUGAGAACGUCUCUUCUACAAUUGUUAUAUGCCAGAUAUAGUGAGGUAUUCAGUUCCUGGAUGCACAUAUGUGCUGUAUUUGUCUUUGCAGAGAGCAUUCUUAGAUAUGGUUUGUCACCAUCAAUCCUGUGUGUUAUUCUAGCACCGUCUAUGGAGAGUGAGAAAAAAGUAAGGGACAUCUUAGAAGAGCAUUGUGGCAAUGCCAAUAGCAAUGAUUUCUGGAAAUCUGACGAUGAUGGUCUCGGAGGUGAAAUCCACCCUUAUGUAUCCUCCACCAUGAAUGUCGUGUGA